AACUUUUUCAUUUUUUGAUAAAUAAUACGAGUUAAUGUGUUAUUAUUAUUUUCAUAUUGUUUUGCAUGUCGAUUAACUCGUGAAUUAGCACAAACGUGACACAAAUAUGAAUGAGCAAACUAGAACACGUCCCUAUUGACACCUCUAAUUAACAUCAAGUCCUUAAUUCGCUUACGAAUGAAGAAGCCACCCUUCAUUACAAGUGGACAAACAUAUCAAGAAGUCCAAGAUACAAUCAUCUUUAUUUUAUCUCACCGAAAGCACAACACACAAGCCCAAAUUAGUGUGAUAGAUAGCCCGUCCCAAUGCAUUUGCCUGGAGAGUACAUUGAAAUGUUAAACUUCGAAUUGGAAGGGGCCGCGCGUACGCAGGCCCCCACUGCCACAAAUUAUGACGUUGGCUCUCCCACUUUGGGGAGACCAUAGGCGGGCACCCCUCCUAAGUGCAAUGGAGGUCACCAACCCAGGCCAUGGGCCUCCUUGAUCACCCAUAGACCCCGUCCAGGUAAGUAUGGAAUCCGUUACCUCCCCCUCCUAUUUUCUACUCUCUCCCCUCUCCCCACUCUCCUUCCCUCCGUCGAUGUGGGACUCAAUCCAAUCUUACAAGUUCCAACAACAACAACCGACUCAAACUCUAAAUCCUAAACCCCCACAGAAAAAACACAAAGCACACAGUCUCACAGUCUACCAUUUGCUGAAGAAGCUUGGAAUUGAUGAGGGGACUGCUCAAAUCCUUAACUUUAAUCUGGCUGUUGCACUUGCUAACAAGUGCCAGAUGAAGGUUGGCUUGCUUGAUGCCGACAUAUAUGGACCAAAUGUUCCUAUAAUGAUGAAGCUUGACAGAAAGCCAGAAGUGACUGACGAUAAAAAAAUGAUUCCAAUCGAGAGCUAUGGAGUCAAGUGUAUGUCAAUGGGACUUCUUGUGGAUAAGGAUGCCCCACUUGUUUGGAGAGGUCCUAUGGUAUCGAGCGCUCUUGAAAAAAUGACUAGGGGGGUUAACUGGGGAAAUCUUGAUAUUCUUGUGGUAGAUAUGCCUCCUGGCACUGGUGAUGCUCAUAUAACUGUAUCCCAAAGGCUGCAAUUAUCAGGUGCAUUAAUUGUUUCAACGCCUCAAGAUGUAGCAUUAAUGGAUGCCCGUCGAGGAAUUAACAUGUUCUCUAAAGUCGAAGUUCCUAUUUUGGGAAUUGUAGAGAACAUGAGCUAUUUUAAGUGUCCACACUGUGCCGAAUGUUCAUUCAUUUUUGGGGAAGGAGGAUCUCGUAAGACAGCAACUGAGAUGGAUUUGGACUUUGUUGGCGAGAUACCGUUGGUAGUAGGGAUCAGAAAAGGCUCCGACAAUGGCGUGCCAAUAGUAAUAUCAGCUCCUGAUUCUGAUGUCUCGAAAGCAUAUGUGGGUGUGGCUUGGAAAGUUGUAGACAGAUUGGCAAAGGAAGAACAAUCCCGUCCACAGAUUUCCCUUUGAUCACGUCCACAGAUUCCCUUGUUCAUGCCUUUAUAAUCUUUCCUGAGCAUUGUCAUAGAGUUCUAUUAAUCCCUCGAAUGAGUACCGCGGCUGUAUUAAGCUGAAUUUAUUCGAAACAGAAGAACAAAAUUAUCAGAAAACUAGUAGUAUCGGAUUCUAAUUGAUUAGAAUAUUUUCUGAUAAUCUGAAACCUGUAUUGAGCAGAGCUACCGGAAAUUGAAGUGUUGAACCAUUUUUCAUC